AGAAAAGUUUCAGAAACAGUUCAGCCACUGCUGAGAAAAUAGGGUUUUAUUGUUUUCCUGGGCUCUGCGAAGCGGAACCCAGGAACACUUCCGUUUGCUGAUGAUGUCAUCAGGAAACCUCACCACUCCUCUCACCAACGUAGCUCCUCCUUUUGCGGGCACUAGUCCGGGCACAUCCGGUUGUGUACAUUCAACCACAGAAGAAGAAGAAAUACUCAAGUUGUAGGUGCUGAGCCUAUCGGUUGAGAUAUCUUGGGCUGUCUUUGGAAAAAAAGAUCAGUUUGCUCUGUGUAGGGUUGUAGUAACCAAUGCCAGACGCUCCACAGGCUCCCCAUCAAUGAGCAAACAAAAGCUCAGUGGAUAAUUUUCAUAUUUGAUGGGAAUGCCCCUGCUACAUUUCCCAAACAUGUAGCAGGGCAACCACUUAACAGAGGAUUGUUACACAAACUUCAUGCAAUUCAAAGCAGGACACAGCACCACACUUCGCCUUAAAAGAAGGAGCAGUGCCAACAAUACCUGCUGGAUUACCUGCACCAGAAGUAAGUAUUUCAAACAGUGAAACUGUCUUUGUGUGCUCGUUCUGCCGUUUAGCAUUAGUGAUAGCCGGCUACAGGCUAAGCUACAUACGUUCGCUCAUGUUUCAUUUGUGUGUAUUUGUCUAUCCUGUGCUGCUAAACACGACUGUACUGUGGCUAAUUGCUAUAGAAGUUUGGGAGCGCAUUUGCUCGUGUUUCAUUUGCAUGUGUAUGUGUCUCUCUCACCGGUAAACAACGUUAUUCAGGCGAUGAGCUGAUUACAGGCGGUGUAGGAAAUGUGUUUAUUUGCCUGUGUUUAUGUUAGAGUAGGGAACAAGUUAUAGUAAAAUUGACGCAGAUUCAGGAAAGGUAAUGAAGGAGAAAAAACAGUCUUUUUAGCAUGAUCCUUAUUAUUGUUUUAACCUUUACUAUUUUCCAUACCAGGAUCGUUUUAUCCACACGGGCACACAAACAGAAGCUCCAAGUGUGAGAACAUGUGCCACUCAACUGUCAGUUGAGACCUUGAAAGCACACGUGAACAGCCAAAUACCCAGACACCAGUGCUGUCACGUGAGACUGCUGGCACACAAACCACACUGCCCGAGUACAUGUUUUCAUCCACACCUAUAAAGGGGCCAGGGUUUGGACCACAAAAAAGAGCAUGUGUUGAGUCAGAGGAGGAAGAGGGAUUUGCCUCACCAGAGUCACAAGUCGACCCAAAUGACUCAACCUUUACUCCUGGCAAAUCCCUAACAAAACACGAUUCAACAAUGUCGACUGAAAGUGCUGCAUACAUGGAUAAAAAAUGCAUUGUUUUGGUGUCCUGCCUGAGGGAGCUUUUUGACACAUGUCCAGUGUGCAAGAGACACUGCAAAGUGCAGCAGCAACACAAAGGCAUUUCAUCAAACUUGUCCAAAAUUCAACUACUCCAGGAAGUGGCAAAGACAGCCCAUGGUUAAGAAUACCCCAGUUGGCAAUGUACAGUUAUCUGCUGCUAAAUAUUUCACUGGUGCCUCCUUCAUCCAGCUGGAAAAGCUGUGCAGCACCUUGCAGCUCCAGAUUUGUCAUUAUGACACCUUCCUGGAAACAUGCAAGGAAAUGCCUGGAACCUGCCAUCGUCCACAAGUGGAAGAGAUCAACAGGGCACUUUGGGAGCUAUUCCUUGAUGCACAUGGACAACAACAAAAUUUUGGACCUCCAGCUAGUUCAGUGAUUUUGAAUAAGUGGCUGCGUGGCAUAAAGAACCAUGUGUACUACAGUUCAAUGUCCUCGGGCCCUGAGAAGGUGGCAAAGUGGACAUCCAUAAUAAAUCACAUGCAGGAUGUGCAUACUCAAGACAACCCAAUCUACCCAAAGUGUGCACAUGCUGACAAGGUGUCGAAGGAUAAAAACAAGUGGUUCCAGCCAGGGUCAGUUGCACUGUACAAGGUCGAAAAGACCCUGACUAACAAGAGGGUCCUGAAAGACGUGGAGAAGCUAAGCCACCACUACCAGACUUCAACGCUGGAGUCCUUCCACAGCUUGGUGCUGCACUUUGCUCCUAAGAAUGUGGUUUUCACUUAUGUGGGAAUGUUAUGCAGGUUGUACCUUGCAUCCAUGCAUCACAAUGAAAAUUCAAGCUGUGAGCAGGCAACAACAGCUUCAGGCCAAGCUGUCUACAGAGUGUCAUAUCCAAAGUCCAAGAAAGGAGAAGCCACUGCAAAGCCAGUCAGAACAGACCCCACGUACAACUAUGUGGCUGAAGUGAUGAGGCUGGUGUUCGAAGAGGUGAUGGAGGACCCAGAGUCUUUCGCCGAGGACAUGAGGAAGAUCACCAUCCCAGAGACCCUGUCAGCCUAGUAUGACGGACCCUUAAAGGAGGAAGUCAUCGCUUCACACGUGACCCACUUCAGUCAAGGGGUGGGUGGAAGCCAGCAUAUUGGCCAGCCAGAUCAGGAAACUCCUGGCAUAUCCGGCACACAACACAUGACGGGAUUAUUGUGCCUCAACCAGUGUCCCUACAAUUAACCACAUACAGUAUUGGGAAGAUACACGGAGAAAACUUAUUACCAUUCUAAGGCGUCCUGCAGCUUUGUUGUGGAGGUGUUUCCCUUGCGACAGUAUCUUCUGUCUCUGGGUCAGACUCUGGGUAAAAGGUGUAAGGGACUAGGGCACGGGGUCGUGACACAGCCAUUUAACAAUGUUUUGAUAAUGACUAGCAGAGCAUCCAUCGUGCCAGAGGGAGAGCUGCGUAUCUAAGAGCUGACAUGCUAAUUACGUCACUUCUCGGUACCUGGCCAAUCACAGGACAUUGGGAAAGCUCUCGUUGCCUGGCCAAUCACAAAACAGUCCACGUUCUGGGGGUGUGGUAUUCGUCUGAAAAAUCUGAUAUUUCGAUCUGCUCGUUUGCAGCGAUUGGGAGGUUUUUGACCAUGAAAACAAGUUAAUAUAUGUAAGUAGACCUCCAUAACUAACAUAUAUGUGCGAUAUGUGCAUUCGAUGUCACCUUUAAGGAAAUUACAGUUUCCCCAAAUAGCCUGAUCUCCCAGGAAAUAAUUGCUAUUUUACUUUUCAGCAAGUAGUAAUGUUACAUAAAUACAUUCUUUAUACAUUCCUUAUAGCUAUUACCAGGUACUUUUUGUGCCUAAACCUAACCAUAUUCAUAACCAGGUACUUUGUCAACAUCACCCUCAUUUUUUCCAUUUCAGCCAAGAGCAUUAUAAGUCGUUGAAACUUGAUGAGGUUGCUAUGCAUGUCUGAAAACUACAAAUAAGGAAAGUCAUUUUGGUUCAGAAACGUGAGCUCAUGUAUCUGUGGUUUGCAGAAACAUCGAAAGGCAUAAGAUGAAGAUUCAGAACUAGCAGAUCAACACUGUCAUCCAUGAUGCCAUGAUUAAAAAAAAUCUCCUUUCAUUCUGACAGGGAGUGGUGUUACUUUGUUUGAAAGGAGAUUUAAACCUGACUCCAGGGUUGUGAUGUCACAGCACCACUGCCACUCUUAAGUCUUGCCGAAACACAAUAGAAAUGAAAGAUUGACACCAAACUGUCAGAGCGCAAUCGACAAAAGGACAAUGUCCAUGAUAGAAUAAUUUUCCCGUAUGCACAGCAGGAAUGUGGGGUGUUGUUUUUGCAUUAGCUGUCUCCAGAGAGACGACAUGGUGUGUUGUAAACAUCACCUCCUGCCGGGCCGAUGACGUUGCCAUCGCCCUCUUGACUGAGCGUCUCCCCCCUUGGACUUCAGUCAAACCCUCUCGUCUUAAUUACCACUUUACCAAAGCCAUUUCAAAGUGGAGAUGAACACCCCCUGCAGACAGUAAACAAACAAGUGAGCAACUUUCAUGAAGCGUCAUUACAAAUGUUGAUUGCGCCAUGAAAUUGGACGUUGCCAACCGUAAACAGCAAUUACUGCAUGCGCGGCUUUUCAUCUCUUUCAUACAUAUAAUUCAAAAGCCCUGCUGUCACAAUGGUUUAAUUUGUAUUAUUGUGCCUGUAAAUAUAAGCCUCAUUGGCCUUUUAUUAAUGAUUUAAUUCAAUUAAAAUCCAAACUGUGUCAAACAGUGGCUAAAAACCCCUUCUGUAAAAGUGAGAAAAAUCAUCCACAGAAGACAAAAGCCAACUGUCAAGGAGACGUAAACACUUCCACUGACUCGUAUACAUGACAAAGGAGGAAUUUCAACACUGGACUGAUGCUGCCAAACUCCCCUGACAGAAGAACAAUAUGAACCACCUGCUUGCUGGCAAACAAUGGGUUGAAAAAUAUAACCGUUUCCUGUUGCCAAGACAAUCUCAUUAUAAUCCCAAGAAACCAGUUUGUCACAAUGAUAGAGCAGAAUUAAACGUGGAAUGCAAUCGCUCACUUCGAUAACAAUCUUUCAGAGAUCUAUCUUUCUGGCAGCAAAAUAAGUUUUCUGUCUUAAGAUUCAGUCAUAAAUGUGCUCAUACAUGUACACUGUAAUGAAGCCACUUCUACUGUAUAACACCUGGGCCGUGCACCGGAUGCUGGACGUUUUUGAUCUAAUGAGUCUCACACGUGUCUGUUGUUCACACAGCUGGAGCUGUGAUUUUGUCAACCGGGGCUGCUGAUAUGUUUUUCAUAGGAGUUUUUGCCUUCGAAAAUUGCCAUGUAUUUUCAAUUUGCCUAUGUGCUCAACUGAAUACCAAUGAAUGCUAUGAUUUCAAUUGCUCUGCAAAUACUUCACAGCAAAA